AUUUACUAAAUCAGUGUUACCAAAUCCGUCCAAUAAAAUGGCGUUUUACGGAAAGAAAUGGCAGAAGAGCGACUUUGAAAAUGUCCUAGAGCUUAUGGACAAACUUGAGGUCCCAGAGAAGACCAGAGCUCUCCUCCGUCAGACUGAGAGCAUCUCCACUUUUCUGAACAACGGAGAUGGUAGCAUCCAGUACGUCGUCACUGUUGGUGACAAGGAGAUCAUCAACCAGAAUAUCGUGCUAGAUGAGGAGAAGGACUUCAAAACGCCUGAUGGCAUUGACACCAAGAACACCUUCACCCGGGAGGGAGAGACGCUUAAGUCUGUGAUGAAGUUCCCUGAUGGAAAGGUGCUGCAUUUAGACCGGGAGUUUGGAGCUGAUAAAAUGAUUCUGCACGCCUGGUUGGAGGGUCUGGACCUCAAGGCUAACGUCACCUACCUUAAUGUUUAAGUUAAUAACUGUCGCUCUGUUGCCCAAACUACCAUUACCUAUUAGCAAGUCGACCCUUUAUACUUACUACUGACUGUACUAAGUUGAAUGAGAUAUGUACAGCCUUACACUUAAUGGAAGUGUGUGCAACUGAAGAUAUAAGAUUUAAGUUUUAUUAUAAGAAUAAUUUAUUAAGCAGAAGAUUUCUCAACACCAUAGUCUAAAGAAAAUAAAAUAAAAUAUUUUUUAUAA